AUGCGUAAUUCCAGUACGAGCAGCAGUGAGGCUUCACCUGUGGGAGAGACUGAACCUGGUGUAAGCGAAGAGGUCAACGGUGAAGACACCGCCGGCGGAUCUUCAAACGAUACGCAGACUGAUGACGGUGGGCUUUGUCCGAAAUGUGGUUCGAAUGAAGAUCCUCAAUUCAUACACUACAGAAAAUUUGAAAAGCUGGUCGAUUCCAACUAUGGAGCCUUCAUUUGGCGUUACUGCUGCGCUCGGAAGGAUUGUGCUGAAUUUUUUGGCGAUUACUACGCUUAUGAUAAACAGAAGACACCUCUGAACGAUUGCCAAUAUUACCAUCUGAUGAAAACAUACCUGCUGACGAAAACACCGUUGAACAAACAAAUAUCGUGGAGCAGACCAAACGUUGUUGAGCAGCCAAGUGCGCAAACCCCUCAAAAAAGCAGUAGAAGGCAAAAGCAAACUAGUCGGAAGAAAACUGCUGUACAUAAUAAAACAAAGAAUUCUGCCAAUAGUAAGCCGAAGGAAGGAAGUCCACGUUCGUCUUCUAGGAAACAAAGUAACUCCUCUGAUCCAACAAAGUUGAGUCCAGCAGGUGCACCAAAGAAACUACGGAAAGGAUAUGUGUACGAAGUAGUUCCAGUUGAACCUACACCACGGAUCCCUCUAGAUAUUAAUUCGUUGAUGGCUAGCGGAUAUGGUGUUUCAAGUACCAGUGAAUCCAGUACUCAGACGAUGGGCGGGGCUCAUUUUUUCUCCAUCCUCGUCGACCAGGUAGUAAAUGGCAAGGCGGAACAAUGUGCUGGUUUGUCAACUGAUGAGCCAACUACACUGCCCUCAUACGUGUCACGUCGCCUUAUGAUUAGUCAGCAGCUUAUGAAACGACAGAUAGAUGAAGUUAAUCGGGUACAUGAAGAAAACAAACGCCUUCGUGUUGUUCUUAACCUCAUGAAUUCUGUGAUCAGGAAAUUCGGGGAUGAGUAUACAUCGGAACUUCGUCAUCUACGUGAUACGAUUGGAGUGCUGAAGCGAGAGUUCUCAUUCUAUCAAGAGGAGUUUGUGGCAGAGGCAAAGAAAAGCAUAGAUAAUAUUUUAGCUCAAAAAGAGGAAAUCCAGAGAAAGAUUGAUGACGUCGAAAGGAAAAAUCGAUUGCUCACAACGCGAAUUGAAUUGCACAUCAAGGAGAAGGAAGCAGUCGAGGAGCGUGCUGACGGAUAUCUAAGAGAAAUAAGCGCUCGAGAUCGUGACGUUAUCCUUGCCAAUAAGUCUAGGGACAGAGCAGAGCGGAAACUGAAUGAUACGCUCUACGUUGCCAAUAAUGCGAAGUGCGCGCAUUGUCAGAUCAGUGAUAAAAUGCGAGCACAUUUAACAGAUGUUGUGGCGGAGAAAACUGUCUUACUGGAGAAGUGCCGUAAGGAAUGUACAGAUCUGCAACGGCGGGCUGAUCAUUCAGAGCGCAUAUCCCGAAUACUCUCCAAGGACAGUGAGAAGCUAAAGUUUGAGUUGAACAACUGGAAGUCGGAUGCAGAGCGAAAUCUCGCUGAAAUUUCGAGGCUCAAAGAAGAACUGAAAAAAGCAUCAUCAGGACGUCCGUAUGGAAAAUCUCGAGAAAAAGCUGAUAAUCUUACGCAACAACCCACCUUCACCAGCAGCCCUGCUCUAUCUGGUUCGGAUGGGAAAUCUUGCACACCUACUGAUUCAGCUGGCAGCCACACGCAGGAGGAACAGAUAAACACUCCACCCUCGACAACGGUCAAAGCCACAUGCAAUGCAGCUGUGCAAGUCACUCCCGUUGAAACAACUCCUCUUGAAGAGCCCGAAUCUCCUUUUUCAUCUUGGUUACCAAAGGAACGAAAGAAAGAGUCUUCUCCGCCGGUCUCUUUUUUCAAUGCUGUCACUGUCCCUGCAAAGCGGCAAUCGCAUCAGAGUACUCCUGUACCCUUAAAGAAACCUCACCCGUUCAAUGGGCCUGUAAUUACCGACCGCUCGAUGAGCAAGCAGGGGACUUCAGUGGCGCCGCCUGCCUUCGUCAAAGGCGCCGAGAUCAAGACUGUUGCCAAGGGCAUUGAAUGGACUCCAGGAGUGUGUUCGUCUGAUGCAUCUGGAAGAAGCGAUCAUAUCCCGACACACAACACGGCUUCUGGCAAGCCAGUAGAAAAAGUGCUGCGAAUGCCGCCGAAGAAUACAAAUAGCAAUACAGCGGAGGCGCCCAGUGCUAAUAAUGACACGCAACCUCGCUUCUUUAAUACGAUAGUCCCUAGUAAGAUAAAACCCUCUCUGGAGCAGACGGCAGUGCGUCCAGAAAUGCUUCCACGCAAAGAGACACGGAAAAGGAAGUCCAGUAUAGUCGAAUACUUGGAACAAGUUGAUGCUUCUCGUGCUGCGAUAAUCGCACCCGUUCUUCCUUUUAAUGGACCGAUCUCAUUAUCGAGCGUUCAACAUUCUCGAGCUCUCCAUUACCAUGGCACCGGAAUAACUCAUCCGGAGAAAGUGAUUCUUGGAGAUCCACCAGUGGUACGUUAA